AUGGCGACUUCCUCGCGAUCCUCGGACCCCGGUGAGUUUCCGCCGCCGUCGCCGUCCCACCGAGAGCUGCCGAAAGUCACGGAAGUGCAGCCGCCUUUCAUGGCGAAGCACCCCAAGGGUUUUGGCUAUAUGACGCACAUGGAAGGCAUCAUGAUUAACGACACGUACCUGCUGCCCGUGCCUCACUUGGCGCAAUGGCUUCCCGAUGAAAAUGCGUUUUACCCCAACGAGCGCAACAUCGACACGCAAGACAAGAAGGAAGAGCGGGAAUAUGAUCGGACGUCCACAUACAACCGCAUCAUGUCUCAAGAUGAUGUGAUCCUCGGUGACAUUCGACGACACCCCCGACAACAACCCGUGUCCCGCGCGUACCUCCGCGCUGGUCCUCGCGCGAGUCUGUAUUUUGACCCUAACAAGGUCAAAGCAGCGAUUGUGACAUGCGGUGGGCUCUGUCCUGGCUUGAACAACGUCAUUCGCGAUAUCACGUUGGCGCUGUGGAAUUUGUACGGCGUACGCGACAUUUACGGCAUUCGCAUGGGGUUUGAAGGAUUCCACAACUGGACGGACUUGAAGCAGAAGGAAGCACCGAUCAUGCUCAACCCGACGAUCGUCGGCGGCAUCCACCACAACGGAGGGACGAUUUUGGGGUCGAAUCGAGGCGGGUUCGAUGUGGAGAAAAUCCUGUCAUUCUUGACCACGAACGGCAUCAACCAGUUGUAUGUGAUUGGGGGCGAUGGAACGCACCGAGCGGCCAACAUCAUCGCGGACGAAUGCCGCGCGAGGUCGCUUCCGAUUGCGAUCGCCGGCGUGCCCAAGACCAUCGAUAACGACGUGGAUCUCUUGGAUCGGUCGUUCGGGUUCAACACGGCUGUGGAAGAAGCCCAACGUGCGAUUCGGUCCGCCAUGAUUGAAGCAACGUGCGUGCCCAACGGCAUUGGGGUCGUCAAGCUCAUGGGUCGCUCGGCGGGGUUCAUUGCAGCUCACGCCACCCUUAGCAGCGGCGACGUCGACUUGUGCUGCAUCCCCGAAGUCCCGAUUGUGUUGGACGGUCCGCGAAGUUGUUUGGCCCAUGUCGAGCGCGUCGUGCAGCAAAAAGGGUACGCUGUCGUGGUCGUGGCUGAGGGUGCUGGCGAAGAAUUGCUCGGGACGUCGGCGCAAGUAGAUGCUGGCGGCAACAAGAAAUUGCCCCCGAUUGGCGAGUUUAUGAAGGGCGAACUGCUCCGCCAUUUCAAAACGAACGGCAAAGUCGCCACAGUCAAGUACAUUGACCCGUCGUACAUGAUUCGCAGUGUGCCCGCCAACGCCGCCGACAGUUUGUACUGCAUGUUGCUGGGCCAGAAUGCCGUCCACGGCGCGAUGGCUGGGUACACGGGGUUCACGGUUGGUCUGAGUGCGAACCGAGUCGUGUUCUUCCCGAUCACGGCCGUCACGAAGAACUCGCCGCGGUGCAUGGACCCUGUUGGCCGCACGUGGGAACGAGUGCUGUGCAUGACACGCCAGCCCAACACGGUCCAAGAAGGGUGGACGGCCCCUGGCGCGACCUCGUCCAACUUAAUUUAA